AUGAUUGAUCCUGGAAUCACAUUUUUCAACACUUUUUAUGUCACUUCCUGUCUAACCAUCGUAUGUGUAAUAGCUCAAGAAUGGUUAAACGUAACAUCUAACUAUACAGCGUUAAUGGGUGACCUCAAUAUCGACAUAUUGGAGCCAGGUAUUGCUGUGCAGCUGUAUGAAGCCAAAAAUGACAAUUACACAUUAAUGGGUACAAUACCUAUCGAUAAGAAUUGGCAAAAUGUUACCAUACAUUGUGGCGUUAUCACUAAAGGGGGGCACUAUAUAAUUCAAUUAAUUUCUAAUGACACCACUGAGGAUGAUGACAUAAUUCAAAACGGACAAACAGUUGAACUCGACGUCCGAUGGCCGAAAGCCAGUUUAUCAUUCGAACCAAAACGGAUUACUACUUACCCAGACCCGUGGAAACAAGUCGUAAUCAUAAUGAAAUUUGAAGGGCCUCAAUGUGAACCUGCCGUUGGGUCUGCUGUGCCCAUGCUUUGGCUCGACUUGAUGUACUGUGGUCUAUCUGCCAAUGCGUGCAAGAACGUCUCCAGAGAGUCGUCCCGCGGUUCUAUGGAACAUUUGAUUGUUCAUUCUGAACAAAUUCGUGGUUACCCGAGAUUUAGGAAAAUAUUUUUAAAAUGCGAUGUUUUCGGUAUCGCCGGUUUUUACACGGCGGUAUUAAGGCCACCCAAACGCAGGGCAGCCUUCACCCACAUCAUGGACGGGCAGUUAGAGGUUGUUCCGAGCAAUGAAUUCUCCUUGAACGUACACGGGAAAUCGAUAUUCCCUUGUGAUAACCUCGGUGGUGGUGUUCCCGUGAUGUUUCACUACCCAUCGUGUAUCUUGCCAACGUCAGACAAAAUCAGACUAUUUGGUCGACAACGCGAAGAUGUGUCUACACUGUUACCACCUACCAAAUUGCAUUACGUAUCUGAGCAUCGAAUAGUUAAAGGCCGUCAUAACGUGUACUUCGAUUGCGAAUUGUUCUCAGAAAAAUAUAUUGAAUAUUGUUUCGUCUAUGUCAAUCAAGCUAUAAACAGAGCGUAUACAAACAUCAACACCAACUGUGUGCCGACAUUACCAAUUACUGAUGAUGAUUCUGGACAAUGGAGUAAAUGGAGUGAAUGGUCACCGUGUUCGACUACGUGUUACGGAGGAACUAGAAAUAGAUACAGGACUUGUGACUCGCCCCCGCCAAAAUAUGGAGCCAAAUUUUGUCAAGGUUCAUCGUUACAAACCGAACCAUGUGGUGAAAAACAAAUGUCUGGCAAUGAAUGUGGCAAAAUUGAACAUCAAAUUCAAAAAUACAAUAAUACACCAACUACCGGUUUUUUGCCUACAUAUGUCAGUGAUGAACUAGGUACUGAAUGUCGAUGUGGAUGCGUUAUUCACAUGUCUAAAGCUACUCGAACAUUAUCUGCCACGACGAAAGGAUGUCCUGGACGAUCGUUUUGGUUAAUAAAAGCUGAAGACAAAACUACUAUACAAUUUGAUUUCAUUCGACUGUUUUUAUCAUGUUCGAACCAAUGGAUUAAACUUCGCGAUGGCGACUCGACAGCUUCUAACCUUUUAGCACAUUUAGAAGGCACUCCAGAUUCUACAAAUCCUAUUAUGUCAACUGGAUCAUACCUAUUGGUAGAAUUUUUUUCAAGUAUAACUGUACUAUCAAAUGGGGAUUGCUUUGGAGGAUUUUUCGCUCAAAUAAAUCGCAUUGGAUUUAAUAACGGGUCUUUACCAAAUUCAAGCCAUGUAGAAUUCAAUAACAACUUUAUUUAUUUAAUGUCAGAUAUUGAUUCAUUUUUAGCUACAAUUUCAGCAAUUUUAUUAUUUUUGCUAGUAACUUGUAUGUGUUUUUCCUUGCAAUUCGCUGAACGUAAACACAAAUACCAUAAAGCUAUUACUACAAUGGACAAACAUUCUAAUAUGGGUUCAACUUGCAGUAUGUUGAACGAUAAUGAAUGUAUGGCAUCAACUACCACGUUACAAUCACAUGUACCACCAAUUCUAGAAAUUUUGGAAAUUGAUGAAAACCAAAAUGAUGCGGUUGAAGGAGAAACAAUUUCUGUGACUGGAAGUGAAACAGUACCAGAAAAUAUAGUCACAUGUUCAUCAACAAUAGAUCAGUGUACACCUUUUGUAUCUCAAACGUCGUUAUCUUCAAGGAAAAUUAUAACUCAGUCGACAUCAACUUUGAACGACCGUCCAAAAAGUCAUAGACAAAAUCCGUUGACUAGUAGUACGGAUUCGAGCAUUCACGGCCAUGAUGUGUCAGACUUAGAAAUGGAUUACUACGAUUAUAAUGUUCAAAACACAAACAGUAUGCCUGGAUCUUACAUAGGAAUGGACCCGGCUUAUUGCUUAUGGAUACCUCCUUUAUCGAACAAAAGUCCCGGCGAUUACUAUGAAAGUAUGGAAAUGUCCAUUUUGGAUAUAAAAAACGAUAAGUGCAAAAAAAAUUGCGAAAUUAGCAAUAAAUACAAUAAUAGGUUGUCUGCCGAUAGUGAAUCGACGUUAGUUAGCGAAGACUGUGUUUCAUUAAAAACGCUAACAUCGUCACCAAAAGCGUGUUUUUCUAAAAAUAAACAAAAGUCUGAGUAUAUAAAUGAUUCGAGUAUCAAGUUUGUUGACGAAGAUGACGGAGUUGAUACAAAAGACGUUUAUAUAGAUAAUAAAGCAGCCUAUAUGCAUUAAAUUUCGCUUAUAAAAACCUUUGAAGUUGAAUUUUAUACAACUAUAUAUGUACAUUGUACUUAAAUAAGUUAUUUUAAUAAUUGAGUUUCGAAAAUAUAUCUUUUAUUGUACAUUAUAAUUUUGAUUUUAGAAGAACUACCUAGUUGUUUUCUGUAGUA